AUGGGGAUGAUUAAUUUCGCUCGAUGUUUACUACACAAGAGUAUGGAGUAUAAUGUUUUCGAUACGAAUUCGAAUAACGAAUCAACAGUGCAUAUUCAGCGUUGGUCAACACGCCUAUAUAUUUUGGCUCUCGGGCUUGCCAUUAUAAUUCUUCUUAGUUGUACAACAUCACAGUUAUCUUUAAAUCAAACUGAAAUAGAAAAUCCGUCGUUAUCAAUCUAUCUUGACUUAUACAAACAACAUAAAAAUAUAAACUGUCUUUGCACAAAAAUUUCUUCUUUAUAUAAAGAUAUUGUUCAACUUUCGGCAUCCUAUCAUCAAAUAUGUUCAAGCGAAUUCGUCUCCGAGAAAUGGAUCAAUACUCUUUUUGAUCCUAAUCAAACAUCAUCACGGUAUGCUGCAGAUUUUCGUGCAACAGCUAGUAGUCAAUUUCAAAUUCUUCAAGCGCUAUGUCAAUUGUCUAUUAGUGCAGUUGAAAAUGGUCUUGAAACAUUUUACAAUACAGAACUUAUCUCGGGUCAAUUAUUAAGCAAAGAUUUAUUCGAAGCAGAAUUGGAAGCGAGUAUUUUAGCAUUUCAAAAAAUUACAGCUUCAACAUUUUGGCAGGAUCUUACAUUGGUAAGAUCUCUCAUUUUCGGAAAUCAAUUAAUGCCGGCUAUCGAAACUGCUUUUACAAUUAUUGUGCGAUCUGAUAUACCAGGUGUGAUUAGAUCCCAGCCUGGAGUCAAUAUAAAUAUUUUUCGUCAAUUCAAUGGUUCAGAUUGUAUGUGUACGGAUUUUGCUAGUUGUAAUAUGCCUGCUGGCUUCUACGAUAUUGAAACAUUUGAUACUAGUUGUGGAAUAUUCGAUGAAGUACAACUACCUGCUCGAGAAUAUAUUACUGGAUGGUAUACUGGAUGUUGGCCAAGUGAAACUCUUCUUUUGUCAACACUUGAAAUUUUUUAUAAUCAAACAGCAUGGAACAACAUUUUUGCUUAUAUCAAUUCAUCAACCACGGUCGCUUUUACGGUACUCGACGAGUCACAGGAUAGUAAUUUCAGUCAAAGCACUAACAUAGAGGUAUUGACUCGACAAUUAUUUAUCAAAUCGUGGACAAAAGAAUUAAAUUACACAUCUUAUUUCGAUCAAUGUCAACCAAAAAACUGUGUAUUUGAUAUCAAUCAACGAGCAUCAUCUUUGUAUAUUAUUACUUCUCUUCUUGGACUUUAUGGUGGCCUUUCCAUUACACUUCUAUUUGUUACACCGCACAUUGUUACAUUUAUUAUGAAAAAAAGUCGAACACGACAAGCCGAUCAGAUUGCGCAGCAACCAGAUACAGUCGAAUUACCUCGAUCACAUCGCGAAUCGAUUAAAAAGCUUUGGGAACUUUUCGUAAAUCUGAAUAUUUUCAAAUCUCAGACGAAAAAUACAGUCGCCGAUAGAAAACAUCAAAAAUGGUCAACUCGUCUCUAUAUUAUACUUCUUGCUCUUGCUACACUCUUUCUUUCUCUUUAUACUUGGUUAAUUAUACAUUCGCAAACGAUAGAAAUAAAAAAUCCAUCUCUACUCAGAGUGACUUAUUUGCAAUCGAUUACGACUGAGCUGGAAUGUCCAUGCACAAAAUUAUCUGUUUCCUAUGAAGAUUUAAUUGAUCUACAACCGGACUAUCACCAAGUCUGCUCUAGUGACUUUGUUACACCGAAAUGGAUUGCAGGACUUGGCAAAGUGGCUUCACUCUCAAUUGAAAGUUUAUAUUAUGCAGAUUUUCGUUAUUCUGGUCCAAUAUUUCAAUUACUCAAGUCAAUGUGUGAUUUGGCAAAUGAUACUCUAAAUAAUGCUUUAUUCGUAUUUGGACAAACGAAAUUAGUGAGUGCUGCUCUUCUCGAACCAAAUUUAUUUGCAGAACAAUUAGAAUCAGCCAUAGCACAAUUCAAACUAACAGCACCCAAUUCUUUGUUACGUCUGUUACAAUUAACUCGCAAUAUCACAUACAUGAAUCAAUUUCUAUCAGGCUCAUACGCGAAUUUUUAUAUCCAGUAUUCUAGCGUUCAAGAGUAUGCACAAAUAAAUACAACACUAGGCAUUUACGGUAGUAGUUCAACGUUACCUAACGGAACAACACAGAGUUGUUCCUGUGCCAACGAUAUUCAAUGUGGAAGGAUGGCAGCUCUGUAUACAGGACCAAGUGGUGCAAGAGUAAUAAUAUUCAUUGUACCUGGUUUCUAUUCAAGAUGUUAUCCUGUCGAAUCUUUACUUCCCUCGACUCUUGAAUGUUUCUAUAGUAAUCACUCAUGUCUCGACAUGAUGUAUAAUGUUACCAAUGACAGUAUUUUUAUCCAAGUGACUCCUCUAGAUGCAUCUAAACCAAGUCGUUUUAUGAUAAAUACGACCAUUAAUGAACUUCUUGGAGAACUAUUUAUUGAAUCAUGGUCAACAACUUUGUCUUAUCCAUCCUAUUUUGCUCAAUGUCAACCAGCCUACUGCUCCUAUAUAGUUAAUACACAAAAGAAUGCACUUGAAGUUUUUACGAUUGUUGCUGGACUCAUUGGAGGAUUAUCCGUUGCUUUUCGAAUUAUGGUUCCUUAUGUUGUUUUAGGAUUUAUCAAGCUACUUGAACAAUAUCAUUCGUCACACGACAAUAGUACACUUGAACAACGUAAGUAUGCUAAAAACAACACAUUAGUCAAUUUAUAUGAAGAAUUUCGCUAUUAA